CCCACCAGCGUGGCUCCAUGUUCUGCAUAUAAACUUACACACAACCCACAAUUCCUCUGUUCGCUGUGACGAAGGGCUAACGCUGGAAACUUCAGCUCUGAAGCUCUUAAUGGCGGCUUAUUUACAUUUUCAACUCUUUUGUUAGUACCAAAUUACCUGUUGUUCCCUCCCACCGACGCAGAACCACAGUUUCUUCAGAAACUUACCACCGUUAGUGAUAUAAACUAAGGCUGAGACUGAAGAACAUAUCAAGGGCACAGAUUGGAAGAGCAACUAAUUCUUGACGCACUCUGGGCUUGAAUAUCCGAGUCAUGGCGCUUACAACGGAUCAAUACCUAGAAAAGAUCGGUAGCUUUGGUCGCUAUCAGAUUCUUCUCCUCGUAUUCCUAAAUGGCCUGAUUUUCUUCUGGUUUGGUUGGCCUGUGAUGAUUCCGGUCUUCAUCACCGCUGAGCCACCGUGGAGGUGUGUGGCAAAUAGCAGCAUCUGUAAACUAAACGGCACCAUGAAUUCUAGACAUCCUGACUAUAAUUUCAGAUGUAAUAUUUCUCGUGAUCAGUGGGAGUUUGUGGACGAUUUCACUUCAGUCGUGACAGAGUUUGAUCUGGUGUGCGAGCGUGGUUUGUACGGUACCAUAGGAUCAUCCAUGAUUUUCGUUGGGUUCUUUUUCGGCGGAAUUGUUGUUGGUCCUUUCAGUGAUAAGUUUGGCAGGAAGAUCACCAUGUACUUAUCUGGCCUCAUCUUGUCAGUCAUGAGUCUGUUGGCCGCUUUUCCUGAAGCUUUUUGGCUCUUUGCACUCCUCAGAUGUUUGAUUGGAUUCGGGAUAGGCGGGUACAGCAUCGCCGCUUAUGUUCUUCUGACCGAGCUCGUUGGAAUUCGUCAUCGCAGCACUGCGGGCUGCUCCAUUUGGUAUUCCUUCAAUCUCUCCAACAUGGCACUGGCCGGGCUGGCAUAUCUUGUGAGGGACUGGAGAAAGCUAUCAAUCAUAAUGGCGAUUCCAGCAAUUCCAUUCGUGCUUGGAUGGUUUCUUACUCCAGAGUCAGUGAGAUGGUUUCUUGUGAAGGGAAAAACUGAAAAAGCAGAACAAAUCCUCUACAAGGUUGCCAAAUUCAACAAGAAACCAAUACCUCAAGAACCGCUACAGGAUUGUGAGAAACAGCGACUGGGAGACUUGCGGGACUUGUUCAAGACGCGCGCUAUGACUCACAAAACACUCAUAUCUUGGUAUUGCUGGUUUGUGAAUGGCAUGGUGUAUUACGGAGUGUCUUACAGCUCUCCGUUUGUUGGUGGUAACGUGUACCUCAACUUCUUCAUCACAAGCACUGUAGCAUUGGUCGCCUACCCUGCACUUGCCUGGGGAUGUAACAGAUUUGGCCGCAAGAAGACCAUAUGCUGUGGUCUUUUCUUUUCUGCUGUUGGUUCUUUUGGAUCUGUUGUGCUCACUUUAUUUGACGAUGGGAAAAGUAAAGGAAUAUUGGCUGGAAAAAUCAUCUUUUCGUUGUGUAUUGCCAAGUUUUUCAUCGUCUUUGCUUUUGACGGAUUUUACGUCUACUCCGCUGAACUGUUUCCUACGGUUGUCAGAAAUGUUGGAAUGGGAACUUCUACAUCUGCUGCCCGCGUGGGAUCAUUCCUAUCGUCUUAUAUUGUUUAUUCGCAACGUGUACACAAACUACUACCAUUUGGCAUUAUGGGUUUGAACGCGUUGAUAGCUGGGUUACUGUGCAUGACGUUGCCGGAGACACGUGAUCAACCAACCUUGGAAGUCAUGGAAACAACAGAUGGAGGACAAAAUAUGGAGCUGCUUGCUCAGGAUGAUGAAAAGAAAAAGAAGGCAGACGACAGCCAUCUGUAGCAAGAAGAAAACAAACAUACAAAACCGAAUAAUAAACAGCAUCUAAAAAUGACAAAUGUUUAGGCAUUUUCAUGUGCAGAAGGAUAGCCGCUCUACUUCUUGAAUCUCUUUAUUGGUCAAGAAAGAAAAAAAUCGCUUGACAACUUAACAAAGCAAAAAAACCUCUUUUAGCCAAAGCGUGACUCCGUGGAAAAUCGUUGUUUACAAUUUCUAAAAAAGAUAUAUACCACAACCUUCUACUGCUAACAAAAUUAUCCUAUGUCGUCCUAUUAAAGUGCACUCGUAAGAGUUGUGUCAAUUCAUUCUAAAUACAUCUUGCCCCUUAAUUAAUGUAAAUUUAUAGUUUAUGGGAAAAAAACUAGGCAAUAAAUGGUGACACGCGCUAGCAUA